AGUACUCGAACGAUCCUCUGCGUGUCGGUGUGUGUGUUGCUGACACAGGUGGACGGUUGCAGCGAACUCCGUGUGCUCUUCGCGUAUUUGUGUUGGAUCCUGUUUGUGGCUGCCGUUGCGGCUGCUCUUGCUGACUACGUGAACGCGUUGCGGCGUCAUCAACGGCGGAAACUCCUCACCGCGCCGGGGAAGGAGCUUCGUUUUGAAUGUUGUACCGUUGCCCUUGUGGAUCUGCCACGCAGCCGUUAAGGAGCUACGAGAAUUAGAAAAGGAGGAAGAGGAAUAUGGAAUGGCCCUUGGCGAACGCCCCAUUCGCGAACGUCAUCGUCGAAGAGGACAUCGCCGAGCACGAAGAUGAAGUCAACGGUCAACAGGAGCGGCCGGGGCUACCGUCUGCUCCGUUACUCGGUGCUCCGCGCGGCACCACGCAACGUGAUGCGCAGCACAUCCAUCAGGUGAGUGCAUCCAGCGUCUCCUCCGCAGUCCAAGAGGAGGCGAAUGGCGGUGGCAACGAAGUACACGCACCUCGGUGGUUUACGCUGCGACCACCCGCGGCGCAUUCCGCCACUUUGUCCUCGUCUCCCGUCGUUGCGGAGAUGCCACCGGAAAGCGGGUCAGCAACAGCGACUCACGAGAACGGUGGACCACGUCGCGCGUUGCGGCUGACAUUGGCCCCCACCAGCGGGUCGUCCACUACAACAAAAGCAUCCGCCAUCGUCGCCUCCAAGACAUCGGCACCAGUGGAGGAAAGGAGGAACCGUGUGCGGCCCGCGCGCCUGCGUUCGGCAGCCAAUACGCGAGAAGAAGAAGCGGCGGCGGCACCCAAAACGAAGGAGCGGGGAAAGUCCACCGCAAAGAGCACCGCAACCGCCCCGCCCACUGCUACCGUCCCCCCUACAGCCGCCUCCGCCCCCUCCUCUGCAAGUCCUUCUCUUUCUCCAGGAGAACGCGCAGCGGAGCGGCGUCGAUUGCAGCUCGCGUCUGCACGACCUGCCAGCCCUGCGGACUGCUUCGACUGGUGGAUGUAUUUGUGCCACUACGACACGCACGCCCUCUUUGUGUCACAGCCACUCUUCGAGCGCACGCUGCGGCCUAUCGCCUCCUCUUCUUCUGUUAGCCACUUCUACGCCACGCUCAGCAGCUGCUUUGAGGAGUGGCGGCAGACGCACUGGAAUGCGCUCGUGGUGAUGCGCGGCAGCAGCGCAAACAGAAACAACCACAAUAAUAAUAGCCGUCACAGUGGUCGUCGCACCGCGUCGUCAUCUGCGUCCUCCGCACGCGUCGUGCGCGAUCCGGCGCUGCUGGACUACGCCAACGUCGUGUGGUACGAGGCGCUGCGUGUGCAGCGGCUGAUGGUGCAGCAGCUGCUCCUCUCCAGCGUCAACCACUCUCGUAGCAGAAGUUACGAGGAGGGGAGCGGAGAGGCGGGCCGCACGCCGCGGUGGUGGUGGUGGUUUCCUGAUGCGUGUCCGCUGGCCUUUUACGCUGCGUUGGGUGAGUCAUGGUCACCGCAGCCUCAACAGCGUCACAGUACCGCGGCAAGCGUUGCGAACACCUCCUCCUCCUCCUCUCCUUCUUGUUCUCUGUACAGCGUCGUGCCUGUACCGAUGCAAGGAGCAGCAGCAGCAUCAGCAUCAGCUGCCGCACCGACGACAACAGUAAACGUUUCUCUCAAAGCAGAUGUGAACGAUGAUGCCUCUUCCGGCACGUCCAAUUCUCUCCCGCUUGCCAUCCCGACCGCGGCGCGUAUCCUGACGCUGCUGCGCGUGGUGGACGCCCUCUGGAGCGAUACGCCGGCCUCGCUCGCCUUCCGCCUCCCCGUGACGGAGAUGGAGGUCUCGCACUACUACCGCAGCAUCAAGGACCCAAUGAGUCUGUGCCGGCUGUACGAGGAUGUUUUCGCCGGUGCGACAGCGCCGGCCCUGCGCCAGAGUCAGCACCACCAACAACAAAUAGCAAGCAAAGUGCACGCAGCCCUGCGGAGUGCCGCCGCGUCGACCGCGGCCGUGGCGCAAGAUGUGUCGUCCUCGUUCAUCGACUACGCCCACCUGCGGGUGCGGCUCGCUACGCUGAAGGAAAACUGUGAUGCCAUUAACGGCGCGGGGAGUGAGUUGAGUCGAGAGGCGCGUCAGCUGCUCAGCACCGGCGCUAAGGUGAUGCGAGACGCGGUGGCAGACGAAGACGGACGGGCGGCGUACCUCCAGAAGCUGCAAAGUCGGGAGAUUCUGCUGCCGUCAUCGUCGUCGUCACGCGACGCGCACUACGGUACAACGGAAGAUGCAUCAGCAGCGGCGGCGGCCCUCCUCCCUCCUUUGUGCAUGGAGGAGUUGGCCCACGCCCUGUUUCCGCCGAGUGAGGCAUCGGCUGUCCUGCCGCCUGGCGCACGUGCGAACACGACAAUAACCGAGACAACGCGAAACACGCGGAGAGGCGAGGGCGCGUCACCGAGGACGGCGGCGGGGGUGGAUACACCGCACGCACCACCGCGUCGUGUAUUGCAGCUUCCUAGUGCGACAGCGACAGGGGCGGCUGCCUCAUCGCUAUCACCACCCACCUCGCACGCCACCACGGACGUAGACUUCUGGGUGCGGUGCGACAGCUGUCACACCUGGCGUAAGUUGGCUACGCGACUGGACCCGGUGCCCGAGACGUGGGUGUGCGCGUUCGUGGGGCUGGCGUGCGCAGCGCCGGCGAGCAAGCGGCGGCGUGGUCGGUCGGCGACGUUGGAUUCGGCAGCGGAGGGAGAGGGGGCUGCCGUGGGGAAAGGGAGAAGGAGCGCCACGAAGAGGGAGAAGAAGAGGCGGGCGUCGUCCGUCAGCGGCGGUGACGUAGUGCGACACGACGACGGGGAAGUUCCGCUGGCGACGCUGUUCCCCGUGACGAGGAACGCCUUCGCAACGACACAAGACGACCACGCCAGUGGUGCACACUCGCGACAACGCCGAAGAUCAACGCGUAGCGCGUCGUCGUCGUCGUCGUCGUCGUCUUCGUCUUCUUCCUCCUCCUCCGACAGCGGCUCGGCAUCGUCCUCCACGUCCUCCUCAGCGUCAUCGUCGUCUUCCUCUUCGGCUGGCAACGAGAAAAGCGACCGCAGCUCCCACGACAACAACGGACACCAUCGCCGGCGUAAACAACGUAUCGCACCCAAGACUCGUGGCAAACAGCAAUCUCGACCGCAGACCCACGUCCUGCCGAAGUUCCCCGUCACGCCUGCAAGUACACGUGAUGUUGCGAAGGCGGCGUUGCAGGGCUCUGCCGCAGCGCUGGAUCUGCUGUCCCAGGCGGUGACUGAGCUGGAGCAGCGGCCCGUGCAGGACGACCCUUUUGCGCAGUUAGAUGAAGUGAAGCGUUUGGAGAAGCAGUUGAACGCCCUAGCGCAGUAG